AUUUGCUCACUGUACUCAGUUAAUAAAUUAUAAUUUUUUUCCACAGUUAAGUUAGAAAAUGAUUACUGCAUAUUACCCUCAAAAGUACCGUUUGAAUGUUUUGUUUCUCUCCAGACGGUGGGUACGGCUGUUGUUUGGGCGAGAGUUCCCCCUGCAGGAUCUUCUAGUGGUCUGGGAUGCCUUGUUUGCAGAUGGUCUCAGCCUGAGUUUAGUCGAUUACAUCUUCAUAGCCAUGUUACUCUACAUCCGAGAUGCUUUGAUCUCCAGCAACUACCAGACCUGCCUCGGCCUUCUGAUGCAUUACCCACUCAUCGGGGAUGUGCACUCGCUAAUCCUUAAGGCUCUGUUCCUUAGAGACCCGAAGAGAAACCCAAGACCAGUGACUUACCAGUUCCAUCCAAAUUUGGAUUAUUACAAAGCACGAGGAGCAGACCUUAUGAAUAAAAGCCGGACCAAUGCCAAAGGUGCGCCCCUGAAUAUAAACAAGGUCUCUAAUAGCCUGAUUAAUUUCGGAAGAAAGCUGAUUUCCCCAGCAAUGGCCCCAGGCAGCGUGGGUGGCCCUGUAACUGGGGGCGGCAGCGGCAGUUCCUCUUCGGUCCUGCCCGCGAGAACCUCAGUGGAAGCCCCGAAGCAUCACUUGCAGCAGCAGCAGCAGCAGCAGCAGCAGCAGCAGCAGCAGCAGCAGCGACUGCUGAAGUCGGAGAGCAUGCCGGUGCAACUGAACAAAGGCGAUGUAGUAACAGGAAGCGAUGCUCAGGUUUCUGUUCCUGUCCAGAAUCUAACUGACCUCCAAGGACAAAGUUCAAAAAACAUCAGUUCGUCUCCAAGCAUUGAGAGUUUGCCUGGAGGAAGAGAGUUCACCGGCUCCCCACCUGCCUCUGCUACUAAAAAGGAUUCCUUCUUUAGCAACAUCUCCCGCUCCCGCUCCCACAGCAGAACUGUGGGCAGAAAAGAAUCUGAAGAAGAAUUAGAAGCGCAGAUUUCCUUCCUUCAAGGACAGUUGAAUGACCUGGAGGCCAUGUGCAAAUACUGUGCCAAGGUGAUGGACACGCAUCUUGUAAAUAUUCAAGAUGUGAUAUUGCAAGAAAAUUUGGAAAAAGAAGAUCAGAUUCUGGUUUCCUUGGCAGGACUGAAGCAGAUCAAAGACAUCCUGAAAGGCUCCCUGCGUUUCAACCAGAGCCAGCUGGAGGCGGAGGAGAACGAGCAGAUCACCAUCGCCGACGACCACUACUGCUCCAGCGGCCAGGACCACAGCGGCCCGGGGCCCGGGGCCUCUAAGCAGGCCUCUUCCGAGAUGCCCGGGCGCCCAGAUGGAGGCAGUUCCGACGACUUCAUCCUGGUUUCUAAAGAAGACGAGGCGGGCAGCGCCAAGGGGCCCUCCUCGGGCCAGGCCCAGCCUCUUCGCACCCUCAGAAGCACAGUGGGAAGAAGCCAGGCCCCAGCCUGCUCCCCUCUGGUCCUCUCAGACCCGCUGAUGGGCACAGCCUCUGCUUCCUCCAGCAACCCCAGCUCCAGCCCCGACGAUGACAGCAGCAAGGACUCCGGCUUCACCAUUGUGAGCCCCCUGGACAUCUGAGCGCAGUGCCCAGUCCUGCCUCACAGGCCCCCGGCCGCCCCCUCACCAGCCCCGGCUCCCCCUGGGGAGACCCCUCCGAAACCAAUGCUUCUUUCCUAUCCUACAACUGCCGUUGGCCCAGCCCUCUGGAACCCUUUAGAGAGAAGCAACACGGCCAUGAAGCACGCAGACUUCGGGUCACCAAGAUGCAGACAGGACUUUCCGGCCUGUCACCUAACCCCCACCUCACCUUUGCUCUGAGUCAGAGCCGAGCCACACCCAGGAUCACGCUCACUGUCAGGAAAACACAGUUAGAAUCACUUGUCCUCUCUCCCCCCUCCCCAACCAGGCAGUCGCCACCUCCACCUGUUACGUUUCCGGGGAAGACGAGUUGGUUUCAGAUCUUCCCUCGGGCACAGGAAUGUUGGUUGGUAUCAGGAAAUCUUUCCCUGUGGGAAUCAGUGUCUCAGCCCACUUCAUCCCUGCCUUGGGAAAUAGCACAGCAGAGCCAAGUCCGAUAGAAUAAACUAGAACGAGCCGAGGCGUGCGCUGGGAAGCCCCAUUGCUGCCCUCUGAAACUUAAAAUGACUUUAGAAGCAGGGUCUACACUGAGGAAUCAUCUUGAGGUGUGCUGUGGUGGUAGAGUUUUGGUUUGUUGGAGAAGAAGUUUCCAGUCCUUGGGCCAAGUAUAUUUUGGUCAUCGUGGUUCCUCCUUAAAACAAUUGUAUGCACCUUUUGAAAUCUCUCACAGCCGGAAAGCAAGGCGUCUUUAAGCAAGGCUUUGCAGCACUGAUCUCAAAGCUGUAGCGACCUUACCGUCCUGGAAGGAAAACAUGACCCCGACUUUGCCAGAGAAGCUGCUCUCAGUCUGUUUGCUGGUCACGUUUCUCUAGUUUGGGGACUGCAUUUACCUGUCGAGUAAGAAGCAAGGGAAAAACCCAAGUUCAUUCCCACCCCGUCGGAGUCCCCCAUUGUCUUUAAGGUAGCAGUGACAGGGAAUCAACCCGGCAUCCCUUCUGUGCGGAGCAGGGCUUCCUAGAGAAUGUUCUAGAUGUUCGGGGGAGGCAGGAUCCCCACACAGCCCCUUCCCUUGCUGGGAGCCAAGCGUAGGAGUCCCGGGGCCUGUGCCCAACUGUGGGCUCUGCAUCCCGGGCACCGUGGCCAUGAGCAGGUCUGACAGGCUGGCGCCUUCAGCACUGCACAGAUUAAAGAGGCCCCGCUGCGCGCUGGCUUAGUGAUGCACACAGCGUCCCAUGGGCUGAUUCCCGCUGAGCAGGCCGCUCCCGCCCUGCUGCAGGAGCAGGUGUUCCUGCGGGGACAGGUGGUGACUGCAGGGGGCGCUGUCGUGCCCCGUACCAGGGCAUCUGGCUCUUUGGGCCUUGGCGGGGAAGAUGCAAGACCUCCGCGCAGUGGAUACCAAGUGAGGAUGCAAGGCCUCGGCGCGGUGCAAGGAAAAGCAUCCCUCCCACUGCUGCCCGCCGAUGUCUCUCCCGGCAGAUGCAAUGGUGAUGGGACGCCGGAGGUCCUGCAUGGGUCUCCGCUCGGCGCCGCCGCCUGUUCUUGGGACCUAGCAUAUCACUGCUUUGCUAGGUGCCGGGGCUGCGUGGCCUUCCCGGGCUGGGCGGUCGCUCAGCAGGGCGCGAGGAAGUUGCUGCCAGUGUUGUUUAUCCACUGCAGCACACUUGGUAAGUGCCAGGGUCGCAUAUGGUGAGCAGCCUCACCCCUACGCAGGGUCGGCCAAGGGCUACUUUUCUCACACAGGACUGUGGGGAGCAACUCAGACUAGACUGUUACUGGAAUUAAGACUUAUUCUAUGCAUCUGCUCUCCCACAAUAUGGCGCUGAGAAGGGAGUAACAACUUCUAUGCAGCUGCCUCUUGCCAACUUGAGUGAUGACCUGCAGGAGCUGAUCCUGCUCCUGAUUGGAGGAGAGCAGCGUACUCGGCGUGUGGGUAGCAGAGUUGGGAUUGGUGGAAGAGGACUAUAAAGGAGGAGAGAGACAACAUGCACCAGGAACACCUGAGGAACAUCUGAGCAGCCCCCGAGAGAGCCGGCCGGCGGUGUGCCGCUCCCCCGCGGAAGUGGGGAAAGUGGCAGGGGGCACCGCCCUUCCACGGAGGUGGAAGGGACGGUAGCCAACCCGGGAAGAACCAGCAGCAAACCCGGGGAGGGCCGAGCAGACAAAAGAACAGCGCAGGGUCCUGUGUCGUUCCUCCGCGAAGAGGGGGAGCGACACAGGACUUGGCUUUGGAGGCGCUGGUGUUUUCCCUGCUAGGUGAGAAGGGCAGGGCUGCAGCACUGGCACCCCCCAGGCCAAGCAGGCCCUGUCGCCGGUGGGUGUUCAGGAGUCACAGAAUCGCCCAGGCCUGCCCCCAGUCCCCAGCCAAGGGGCGGGCCCUCCUCUUGCACUUCUGGGCCAGCGCCACCCGAUAGGUGCGGGUUCUCAGAGGUGGAGGUGUGGCUGCUGCGGGGCCCACUGGCCCACCCCUCCCCAGGGAAAGAAGCAGGACAGGGCAGCGGGCACAGGCAGUGCCACACCCAAAUGCCCAUCGGGCCACGGGGCUGGAGAAUCGUGUUACUGUCUCUCUCCUAAGUGACUUUCUUUUAUUCAGAGUUGAACAUUAUUUGCAUUUUGUAUUUGUUACAGUGCUAUUAAAGAAUGUAUGUUCCUUUUUAUUAUUUUUUUUUCAGGUACUUGGGUUUUUUUUAAUUGCACAUUUUUUAAAUCCUGGAUAUACGAAACCUUUUUGUUUUUCUCUAACAAAUGUGGUAAUCAGUGGAUUCCUUUUUGUGUUUUGAUUUUUUUUUGAUUAUUAGCAGUUGAACAUUUUAUACAUGUACCAUUUAGAUGAACUCCCGUUGUCAUCUCCUUUUUUUUUAUACAUGCCCCUGUGUGCUUCCUACAUUCCUGUGUGAUCCGAUUGGAAAUUUGUGUUAAGAUUUCCCUGUGCAGUACAUGCGAGAGCUACAGGCUAGAGACAGUCAGUUACUGCUUUGCCUACAUUACGUGUCUGCCAAGGGGCUAGAUAAUGCUUUACAUGUAACUAUACUGGAUUAUUCUUCCAAAGAUGACCCCUGCUAACCGUUGCCUACAAAGCAAGAACGUUACUGCCGAACGCGUGAACGUGUCCCUGCAAAUGAGCCCCGGCCUCGCGGGACCCGCCUUGCACACAAGACGCUGGGACAGUGACGCUGUCUCCAGAGCCGACCUACCCUAGGUGACCCGCGUUUAUUAUUGUUCUUUUCCUGUUACUGUUGUUGUAAGGACCUGCCCCCAGCGCUCCCUUCUGGAACAGGAGUGUGUAUGGAGGACUUGGGGCCCUCCUCGCCUGCAGACAGCACCCGCGGAGCAGGGCCCGGGAGCCCCGGAGCAGGGCUGAGGCUGCGGGAUACAGGUGGCAACAGCAAGGCCGCCUCCCGCGUGCAGGCCAGGCUUCGGUUUGCUCCCUCUUUACAACGUUGAGGAGAAGCAUCAAGUUCAUGUAAACAGGCUGGAGACCAUGUUGAUGUUAAGUUGUCGUCAUAAUUUUUCUCGCAGUGGCACAAUUGACUUGAUUCAUGGAGAACUCGGUUGCGUCAUUUCUAUCCUGUCGCUUUUUCUCACCCGCCUUUAUGCUAGAACUCAUGUUGAUUUAAGCAAUGAUUUAUCCUUUUGGCAAAGUGAGCCCUCUCCGUAUGAUAUAAUAAAAGACUAAUGUGACUCUGAGAAA